AUGACUAAUAAGGAGAAAAAUGGAAAAAUGGACCGGCCUAAGGAAGAUAGUUGCAAUGCUAUUGCCAGGAUAUUGAAAGAUUUCUGUAGCUGCUCCGAAAACGCUGCCUGGUCACCGGACAUGACGUCAGAUAGGAAGGGACCGUUUUUGAAGAGCGAAUUGACUAAUAUGUCCGGCAUGCGCAGGCGCAUCAUGACUAUAGCUAAGCGGAAAACCAAAAACACACAACCCGAAACCAAGCCAACCAACGAUAUAUUAGACAAAAAAUCUGAAACCUUAACUUCUAACCUCAUAAAUACAGUCAGCUCACAGAAUAGUACUAUAAUAAAGAAUAUUGAUAACUUCUUGAUAUCAAGAAGAAUGGUUGCUUUGGAUGAAGACAUUUACGAGAAACCGAUACAAGUGAAGAAUUCUUCUUGCGGCGAGAACUGGUCUCUCAGUAAAGCUUGGAAGAACAACAAUAUGGAUUUCUUCAAUCGAUCACCAAAUUUGGAUACAAACAGAUUAGUUGAUAGGAGCUUUCCUUUGGAGAGAAUAGACGAAGUGCCGCGACGAAGGAAGAGGGAUAGGAAAUUGAAAGAACAGUUGAGGUAUGAUAGAAAUAUUAAGCGGCAUAUACGUAUACGAGUCAUGCUGUCCAUGAGGAUGAGGAGGUAUGUGAAGAAAAGGUUGAAAAGACAGUAUCUACCGAGUCAGAGUAUAUCAGUUCCACCAAGAACAUUUCCAAGAGGAACUCCAGCGGUUUCUAGUUUUGGCACCAGGUCUUAUAGAAGUGUUAUGACGGAUAAACAAAGUGGUACCGUUGUAUUUGAUGUCCACGAGGCUAGAAACUCAACGCUUCAGCUAUGCCAUGAUUACGAGGAUACUGAUGAUCUGGAUGUAGCCUUACGAGCUGGGAAUUUCAGGAGUGGGCGAUUGGCUGUGGAGGGUUGGUGGUGUGGUCGUGCGAUGGCGGGUGGACGGGCCAACAACGGAGCCCUGGCGCUCCACUACGCGGCUGCUAGAGGCUGCUUGGAUUGCGUGCGACUGCUAGCUAAUAGCACUCCAGAUGUUUCUGCUAAUACCGCGAUGGACAAUGACGUCACUCCAGUAUACCUAGCAGCGCAGGAAGGUCACCUGGCUGUUCUGAAGUACUUGGUACUUGAGGCCGGUGGGAGGUUGGAUGCAAGGGCCAGAGAUGGUAUGCUGCCCAUACAUGCGGCAGCGCAGACCGGCUGCCUGGAUUGUGUUAAAUGGAUGAUUGUAGAGCGCAAUGUGGAUCCUAACGCCAGGGAUGGUGAUGGCGCUACUCCAUUACACUUCGCAGCAUCCCGCGGACAUCUCGCCACAGUCCGUUGGCUGUUGAGACACGGAGCAAGAUUACAUCUCGACAGACACGGCAAGAGCCCUAUCAAUGAUGCAGCUGAAAACCAUCACUUGGAAUGUCUGAACGUGUUGGUGGCGGCGGGCGCGGCUGGUGAAAACAAACAGCUGUCUUCAUACAAAGCUAUACACGCGUGCGCCUGCGCACCGGGAGAGCCGAGGUGCGCUCUCCCGAGCUGUAUGAACGCCACUCCUCCGUCCCCGUUCUUCCUGCACGCUCCGUCUGAGAGGCGAGGCUCGUCUUCGUCAGGCGCGGGUUCCGUAGGGUCCACUCGCUCGGGGCCCGCGGACGGACUCUAUGUGAACCCUAUGAGGACCACCACUGUCCAGCAUAGCUCUGGGGAAGAGAGUUCAGCCUGUUCAGCAUCAGACGCGGAGACCUCCAACACUGGUGGCUGGUUCCUCCACAGCGGGAACCCCAAUGCUCCAGCGGCUCUAUACCAACGCGUGAGGGACUUGUUCCACAGCCGUUCCCCUGGACCCAGGGCACCAGCUGAAGGUCAGGAAGCACCUAUACUCACAGUUAAAGCUGAAGUCCACGGAUCAGCGUCUGAUGAACGAGAGGAACCUUCAAGAGACCAUCACUAUGAAGAUAUUUACCUGCCACGUGACCAGAAAAGAAGGAGCAGUUCCCGGGAUUCAGGAAGCCACAGCCGGCCGGGAAGCGUACUACUUGACUAUAGUUCCCGGGAUAAUAUGGACGCUGCCAGCAAAGCAUAUGAAGAAGUGACACCGCCAGUUGAAAGUCCCUCCAAGUCAACCAUCGCCACCAAACUGGCAGCGCUCACACAUAAGGCACAGAAUUUUGCCAGUCGCAUUUCAUCAGCCGCUGGCAGUCGUCGUACAUCAGUGACGGAGGAAGCAGUUGCUUCAGCGUCAUCUGGAGUAUCUUCUGGGUCUUCCAGCUCUGAUGAAGCUCCUCCCCCUCCACCACCACCACCACCACCAGCUCAGGAAGACCUGGUGAAACCUUCAGAGAUCAAGAUUAGAUUGGCGGGGAGUACGUCCGCGGCCGCAGACGACGAGCGACCGCGCUGCCCCAACCUCGUCAACAAACAACCAGCUCUGCCGUUCAUACCGCCGGCCUUCCCUAACAACGCGCCCGACAGACUCAUUAAACCGUCGGAGUACUUGAGAACAAUCACGGCGCCGUGCAAGAGGGAUGAAGGGGCGGAGUCCCGGCCUCCGCCCCCGCCGCCGGAGAAUAUGCCGCCGCCGCCGCCGCAGCCCCCCGUGACGCACCACCAGCCUCUAGCCGCUAUCAGCAGCGCCGAGCUAACUUCUGUCAGGCUGAAGACCAUCGCGACCAAAACUAUGUCAGCACCGCCCGCGAGGUCCGUCAGCCUGCAAUGUCUUCCAAGUGCUGUGGACUUCAAAAGCGCUAAGACCGAUCUGAUCGAAGAAUUAAAGAUGUCCAAGGACAUAACUGGCAUCAGGAAGAUGAAGGUUGAACGAGCCAGGCGGGAGAGUCUCCAGGACAAAGAGACAUUCACGGAGUUCACUAAACGCUUCACGGCUGAGAACUUCGUCGAUCAGGGAUUUUCCCAGGUGCCGGAGAGGGAUGCAGCUGGGAAUGUGAUCCCCGCCUGGAAAAGGCAGAUGUUGGCGCGGAGAGCUGCGGAGAAAGCGAGGAAGGACCUGGAACGAGAACUGGCUGGAGAAGCUGAGAGAAGAAGGGCGGCGUCCAUCCCUGUGUGGAAGAGACAGCUGUUGGCUAGACGUGAAGAAGCUGAACAUAGAUUGAGACAAUCACUCUACACGCCUAAAAUAGAAGAGUCCAAUGACAAACAAAACGGUGAUUGGCGCGUGUACCCGGGCUCCCAGCGGGCUGUGUCUAUUGAUAACAUCUCUCUGUGCUACGACUCUCCCACUGCAGCCCCGGUCCGCGCCCCCUCGGAAGCCAAACUGACCACUGAACCAUGUAACGGUCACGCAACAUCAAACGGACACAAAGAAGACGAAGAAGAAACGGCCAAAAUAAUACCGUGGCGAGCUCAGUUACGUAAAACAAAUAGUAAACUUAAUUUACUCGAGUAA